UUAUUAGAAAAGAGUUGCUGUCUUUAGAUUUUCCUUCCAAUCAUUCUGAGGAUCUUUAGUGACACUUUCUUGACUUUAUACAUGAAAGAACGAAAGAUUUGCUGUCUACCGUUUCAUAAAUGAAGAAUGUUUUCCUCCUUAUCACUUAUAAAAAUAAUAAAACUCCCCAAAUUCCACCAGAAAACCCAACUUGCAGUGAAGGAAAAGGUGGAAUGCAAAUACUUGUCCUUGUUUUCUCCCUGACUAGGAUAAGCAUUUCAUUAUCUGGUUCCUUCAGUUACCCCAGCAGAAUGAAUGGAUGACGACAGCAAGCUUAUCUCUUUGUCUGAGAUGGUGAUACCACCCCAUCCAAGCUAACACUGCCUUCCCUGGAGCCACACAAAUCAUGGCUAGGAGUCAGUAUCAAAAAGCUCCACGUCCAGAAAUGAGCACAUCUGCCACGUAUUGUACAGAAGCAGCCAAACCAAAAAGACUCAUAGGAAAAUAAACAAACCUCUGAGGGAUUUGAAAGCUGAAGUCAAACGUCUGGAGGUCAGUUCAGAACCGUGAAGAAAGUUAAAAAGGGAUAUAUCAAAUCUAAUAUAUAAACUACAAUUCCUGUAUUAGUCAUAGUUGUUAUAUCCCAAAUUUUGUUUGGAAAAGGAAAGGCAGUGCUCAAAUUUUCUUGCCUCUCCACUGUACACCCCCCUGAAGACUUCCCUUUGGUUUGCAAAGAAUUUUUUUACACUGAGCAAAAUAUCUGGUUUACACUCAUAGGAAAAGUUUUAAUUAAUUCUCAUUUUACAAAUCUUCCACAAUAUUUAUUCAAGAGAUUGACAAAUUUCAGGAAGUUCACCCAUCCCUGAAAAAAUAAGUUUUGUAAACAAAUCUGGCAACAAAUUUAUUUUAACAGCAACAACCCUGCUAAUCUGUCAAGAUGUAGUUUGUUUUUGACACUUGAUUAAAUUCUUUUUGCUCAAGAAUAGAAAAUAAUUUGCUCCAAACAAACCGUUUAGCUGGGAUAUGGUGACUGUCCCUCUGCUAUUUCACAGAACAUUUAAUUCAACAGAAAAAAGCUAAUAGUGUAACGUUUAGCACUUUUUUUUUUAAAAACAGAAACCAGGCUAAAUUUCUGUAGUCACAAAACAGCAACAACGUUAGAGGUUUCAGGGUCUUUAAAACCCAUUUUUGGUGUGUCCCACAACCUGGAUGAGCAUUACUCCACGUCCUCUGAUCACAAAGGAAGGGAGUGUUUCAGGCUGUAGUUCCACAGGCACUUUCUUGCCCAGACCCCUAUUUCCUGGCUGUUUGUUCCUGGGUGUGUCAUCCACUCGCUCAGUUCUCAUCCAGGCUCAAUUUGUGGAUCCAGUUCCCUGUGUGGCAACACCAGCAGUUGUGUGGGUGCAUUAGCCUGGGAUAGCCUAGGCUGGUAUGAAAUAACAGAGUGGACUGUGCAGCAUAGGUUGGUUUCAUCAAGAAAGAUGCCCAUGUGCAGAAAAAUGUUUUAUGCAAAGAAACAGUCUCAGAGGUUUGCAAAUAUCAGUACAGCAAAACAAGUAAACCCCACUGCCUGCCAUUAGUGUUGAUUGAAACAAGAGAUAAAUAGGUGCUGAUAUUAAACGUGUGUGGACAUCACCUUUCUUUGCAUUAAGAUUGUCCAUCCAACUGGAUUGCUGAGUGGGUGGACAUCUUGAGGCGUUCACCUCUUGAUUCUUAAAGAGAUUUGGCAUGUCAUCUUACUGCUGCCCCUUAGCAUAGGAAAACAAUUUAUGAAUGUAUUUCAUGUCACAGCUUCCUAAAACUGCGUGUCCUGGUGUAAAGGCUCAGCUGAUGCCAAUGCCAGUAUAGUCAUGGUAGUCUGUACCAGUAGGUAAAACAUCCAUCCUUCCUGUCACUUCCCCAGCUCCUUCAAACUUAAAAGAGCAAUCCAGAUCCCAGUGAAAUCAGUGAGAGCUUUCUUUCUGUGCUGGAUACAGCUGUAGGCAGCCUUUUAAGUACAGCAAUUAAGAUAUUGAGCUAAUGUUAGUAAUCCUUUCCUGCCUGCCUAGAACACCCAAGCUGUUUGAGCCAGGCUUCAUUUCAGGCAAAAGCCUGAGGAAAUCAGCUGGGUUUAAGUUGCAUCUGAAAGGUCAGUCUGUGUCCCUGUGGAUUAAGAGGUAUGGGGGAAUUCCAGAUUUUGCUGCCAGCUUCUUGCUAUUUAUUUCUGGAAGCUGUUAGCUUAGAAUUUUUUUAGCUAAACUUAGUUAUGGGGAACUUAGAUGCUAAGAGUGAGAGCUUUAGAAAGUCACAUUUCUAGGUGCUUUAAAAUCUGUUUAUAAAUCUACGACCCUUGCUUUUCAGGUUCCUUUUGAGAUGGGAUUUUAAUUCACAUUGUGGACACUCAGGACAGUGCAGAUAUUCUUUUUCUUUUCUAAUACCAUAUGUAAGGACUUUGCCAAGUGAACCUCCCUCUCUAAAACAAAGAAAAUACCCCUGAAAAUCCUGGCAGAGUUUGACAUCAGUAACUUUAUACGCUACUAUUACUGUGAGGCAUUUUAUUACCUAAAUAAGUCCUCAUUUAGAGGAACUUUGAAUACACAUUUUUUGCAGCAUAUUUAAAAUCAAUGAAGAAAAGGAUUUAUAUUUGAUGAUGUGAAAUAAUAAAUUUUUAAAAUACAAGCAAAUUAAUUUAGUAACCUCUUGUUUAAUUGGCAUUCAUGCUAUUUAAAAGAAAAGGAGUGGUAGGUGUCUAAACUCUUCUCAGGUUGAAAAUAUUCUUUUACAUUAUUGACUUUAAUUCUCUUUGUGAUUUAAUCCUUUUCUUUGAAUGGUUACUAGGUAGAAAUAGUGGGAAAGUCACAACCACAGGCAAUAACAUGGCAAUUAACACAGAGGUACUGGAGGGACAUUUAAGUAAUUUUAAGUCGACAUAUAUAAACAUGACAUUCCUAGUUUGAAAAUCUGGACAUUGUUUGCAGUUGGAAGAUUUGAUUACUUAAUUGAUUUUGAUUUUCAAAUUGCUUUUGAAAAUCAACCACUGGUUUGAAUCUGCUCCAGAUGGGCAGUGACUGAAAAUUGUUAUAAUAUGGCAUGUAUUUGGUAACACAGAUGAGUUGAUGGCCUCAUUAAAAGUAUCUCAAACAUAUGCACUCAUUAAAAAACCCUCAUCUCGUGCUCAGCAGGGUCUUGGCUGAAGGGAACUGAACUGCUCUGUCACCCCUAAGGGCUCUUUCUGGCAUGACAACGGGAAGAACUUCAUAAUGCUGCAGCACACAGAGGUGAAUUUAAAAUGUGUCAUGGUCCAGUGUGCUGGCCUGUCAGCAAAGGCAGUGUGGUACAGGCCAGCACUUGUUUCCACUGUGGUCAGCGGGAACUCCUGUGUGAGUAGAUGUGUCCCCCCAACCUGAAUGAGAAUCACACAACUGAGAUCGUGGGGUCUAGGGGUCUAAAAGCAGUAUUUAUUUUUCCACUGACAGGUCAUCAAAAUUGUUGCCUAUCUGGUUAAAAAAUGACACAGAGAGACAGGCACUAGGGGUUGAAGGGCUCUGAAUAUCAGACCUAGCCAUCCCAAACCUUCUUUAUUGUCACUGUGGGGAAACAGAUGUUUCAAAAGUACAGCACUUCCCAUUCUAAAGGCAACAGCUAAAGCUGGUCUCACCAGUUGUGUCCUGGUACUUUUUUGUUUCCAAAAGAAGCCUAGGUUGACCAUAUAACAUUAACAUAUACAGGUUUGUGUUUUAUUAAUAUCAAGGAAGGCAAGGUAAAUCCCAUCCUCAACAGCAUCCCAUCAUUCUGACUGUUACUUGCUAAACCGCUAUAGGAAUACUUCGCACUUUUCACAACCUCUGAAAGACUGAACAGGGUCUCUCCUUCAAAGCAUUAUGACUCAGUCCCCACAAUGCAGUCAUUUUUUUAAAGGAGAAAAUGUACCAUUUUUAGUAACAAGCUUGGCAAAGACACUGACCAAAAUGAUGUCCCUGGCACAUAAUGUCCCUGCUUUUUAGGAUGCUUUGUAACCAUUGCCUAUAUGAACUAAAUGGCUUUUUUCUGUUUAGACAACUGGAUUUUUGUGUGGCACUAGAUGGCAAUAUUCCCUCAGCUCCAGCAAUGGUCAAUGGGAGCUAUACACAGCAAAGGGACAUAUCCUGACCUUGUUUUCUUGUUAUCACCCCCAUAGCUCAUAUUAUAACAGCCAGGUUUUAUGUGACUAAACUCAAUCUGGGCUGCAGAGUUUUUUUUAAUCUCUGUGCAUUCAUCCACCUACCUUUACAGCUUCACAGUUCUCUGUCAAAACAUUUAUUGGACACUAGGUUUACUGUGUGGGAUCUGUUUCAUUAAGAAAGCUCUUAUGGUCUCAGACUGUUCUAUGAUGUUGAUGCUCAAAUCCACAGGCAAGUAUCUACAUCCGGAAUAUUGCACUGGUUUCCCGCUGCCUUUUGUGUAUUAAUGUGGUGGCAGACUCAGUCAAGUCAUUACUCAGAUAUAAUGUUUCUUUAUGUCAGUUUGCAGACCAGGUCUGUGGAUGAAGUGUCAGCAAGGAGCAGUUCCUGACAAGCAAACAAGCUGACGGUGUUUGGAAACUCCCUUAGAGACACAAGUCCUUUGUUUUAGUUCUCACUGCACAACAUGACAAAGAAAAAAAAUUUAAGUGGAGCUGAUGUAAACUAGGGAGAACAUACCAUGAUCUUCCUUCAGUUUAUGUCCUGGGAACACGAAGGAGAGGGUUGUAAAGACAAUGAAGAUCAUUCUCCUUUUCCUCAUUUUGCUGGGAGUAGUAUCUGGAAGAAAAACCCCGUUGCUUAAGGGUUUACCUGCAACAAGCACUGUCGAAGAAAACACAGCAGCUGGUGUUUCAGUCUGUGACUUCAAUGUAACUGUUUCUCCAUUGUCUUCUGAAGGUGUUGCAAUUCUUCCUACCAUAGUAAAUUCAAAUCCACUUACAGAGGCUUUUAAUAUUGAAUCAAAAGGAGGUCUUGAAUACAGGGUUGUUACCACUGGAAACCCUGUCCUAGAUUAUGAAACAAUGCCAAAGAGCUUUGAUUUACACAUUUUCGUUGAAGAUACAACUGGAAGAACUGACCUUAGCAUAUUGACUAUUCGAGUAACAGAUAAAAAUGAACAUCCUGUAUUUAGAGGAAAUAUGGCAAUUCAAACUCUAAUGAUCUAUGUGUUGGAAGGAACACGUCCACAAAGCAUUUACCAAGUUGAUGCAGCUGAUCCUGAAAAUGCGAAACUCAAAUAUUCACUGCUCCCUACGACAGUGCCGUUCUUGAUCACGGAAAGUGGAGCCAUUUUCUCCACAAAAGAAUUUGACUAUGAGAAAGAUCCACAUUGUUACUUUUUAAAUGUAACAGUGACAGAUCUGGAGGGACUCAACUCAACUAAAACAGUAAAUAUAAAUAUAAUUAACAUCAAUGAUGAAAGUCCUUACUUUACCACAAAACAAAGAAUCUAUAGAAUUCCAGAGGAACAAAGCCCAGGCACCAUUGUUGCCAACAUGACAGCUAAAGAUCCAGAUGAUGAAGGCUCUCCCAGCAGACUUUUCUACAGCAUCCAGUCUUCUGACAGAUAUUUCUCCAUAAAUCCAUCGACUGGAGUGCUGCAGGUGACUGGGAGAAUCGACCGUGAUGCCCUUCCACUGCAGCUCCAUCCCAACAUCUCACUGAUAGUCCAGGUGGAGGACAGUCCCAGCAAUGGUCAUGCCAGUAACAUGGAGAUCACAAUCAUUAUUGAUGAUAUCAAUGACAACCCACCAGAAUGCAGUCCUUCUGCCUUCAGGAAAGAAGUAAAUGAAAAUACGGCUCCUGGGACAUUUCUCAUUGAUCUUAGAAAUUACUGUAAAGAUAUUGAUGUUGAUCCAUCAAACAAUCAAUUUAAUUUCACUGGAUUAUCUGGUUUUGGAAGCAAUAACUUCAUUCUGGAUUCCACUGUGUCUGGAAGACUUGUGAUGACUGGAACUAUUGAUUUAGAGAACCCAGCUAAUCCAGGAAUUGAAGUUUAUACUUUGACUGUCAGGGUGCAAGAUAUUGCCCAUCCUAACUACUCAAAUAUCAUCUACAUUUACAUCAGGAUAAAGCCAGUGAAUGAAUUUUUUCCAGUCUUCAGUACUUUAUCUUACGUAUUUAAUGUUUCAGAAAUUACUAAAGUUGGAUCCAGCAUUGGAAGAGUGAAUGCCAUAGACAAGGACUGGCCACCCACUAUCAUCACUUAUUCCAUUGUAGCUGGAGGAGGCACCAGGGAUUACACAAAUAUCUUCUGGAUCAGCCCAACCAAAGGAGAUGUGAGGAUUUUAGCUAGAUUAGACUAUGAAACAACUCAGAAACACAUUUUCAUAGUACAGGCCUCAGACCAAGAAAAGUUUACAACAGCAUCAGUAACUGUGAAUGUUUUGGAAGUAAAUGAUGAAGAACCAGUUUGUUCACCUAAUUUCUAUUCAUUUCAAAUCCCAGUCAGCUUGGCUGUUGGGACCAAUAUUAACGGCUUCAGGAUUGAAUGUCAAGAUCGUGAUUCUGAUCCCAGGUCUUUCCGUUACUUCAUUAAUGAAGGCAACGAGAACAAUCAUUUCACUUUUUCACCAAGUGCUGGCUCCAAUACAUCUCGGCUGAUUCUUGCAUCGCGGUUUGACUAUGAGAGCGGGUUUGACACAAGCUGGAUUUACAAUCUGCGCAUCUACAUAACAGAUGACAAUUUACUGUCUGUCAGGGACAAAACUACACAUUUAAUUGAAACUGGAACGGUGACUUUAAGCAUCAGAGUUAUCCCAAACCCAACUACUGCCAUUACCACGACACCCGGCUUCACUGUUGUGACAAGAAGGGAGAACCUCUACUCUGCAUCGGCGUGGUACGUGCCGUUCGUCAUCACCCUUGGCAGUUUGCUGCUCCUCGGACUCCUGGGGUUCCUGGGAUUCCUGCUGGUGACCUGGGUCCGCACCUGCUGCCCUCCAGCAGGGAAAGCACACCGCACACCUCUGAUAAAUGUUCCAGAAAAGAAGAAACCUAAGAAAGAUGUUGUUGUGACGAUGACACAGCUAAAUACUAUCUUUGAUGGAGAAGCCAGAGACCCAGUUACUGGCAGAAUGUAUGAAUUCAAUACGCGGUCGGGGGCCCGGAGGUGGAAGAAGAGCGAUGAGCCCCUUAAGCCAAUGCUGGCUGGUCAGGUAACAUCCAGUGCCACAGACAAUAGAGGCCAAGGGACAGACAGAGCAGAGGCAGCAAGCAAAAAAGAACCUUCAGAGAAGAGGAAAGAGCUGACUGCAGCAACAAAACCAGCUACCAAGCCCUCAGCAGACCAGGAUGGACUGAGAUUACAAAAGCAGAAAGAGGAGUCUGAGGGCAGGGGGUUAUCCUCAGCAGCUCCUCAAGGCGGGAACUGACCUCCUAUCCCCAAAUGAACCCCGCAUUGCCGUUGAGCCAGAGUUCAUGAGAUUCCAAGGUGCUUUCCAAGCAACCUCUGAUCUGAAUAGCCAAAGAAUCAGAUGUGAUUUUUCUCUAUAUAUAUCUCAGCUGCAAAACAUAAGGUGGCCAUUGGUGUGUAUACUGGACCCAAAAACAGGAUGAAGCUGGAGGUAUCUUUGACAGGUGCGUGUAUGAGUGGGAGAGAAAGGGAGGAAAUGAAAGUGGGAGAGAAAGGGAGGACAUGAAAGUGGGAGAAAAGGAAACAAAAGCAGAGUCACAGACAAGAAUUCACUGCCCACUGCCCCCUACGGACACUGGCAGUGUCCUCCUGGAGGAGCUCUGCAACCCCAACCAACAUGGCCACAUCCUCUGACUGCCUUUGGGAAUGGCAGCAUACAUAGAGAUGUGCUUUCUCACCAGCAAAUGGGGUCUCCUGUCCCUGCUGAGCAGCAGAAUGAGUGAAAACCACAUCAGGGUAGAAAUGUGUGUAGAAAUGUGUGUUUAUAAAAGCUAAAAAUACUCGCUUUUCAUUGAGUAUUUUAUUUCAGCCCUUCCUUGCCCUCCCAUCUUGCUGUAGAAAAGACUGUGGCUUGAAAGCAAUUAUGGAGUGGAGAAAACCCACAGCUUGUUAUGGUAUCUCAGGCUGUCAUGUCAACGCUUUCAGCUUAUUUAUCUUUCAUAACACUAGCAACACUAGCAGCAUUUAAUAUCUUCACCUUUGGUAUUUCCUCUGGCAUAUUUAAUGCUUUACAGAAUCAAGUGGAACACACUCAAAAGAAUAAUGACAGUAAGCACAUGGGGUGAAAUAAUCUUUUCCGAGUGUGGGCAUGUACAAUGUAAGUGCUGUCUAAGAACUGAUAUAAAACAAGCAAACCCUACAAGAUUUCUGAAAAUUAUUUUAAUCUGAAGAAAAAUAGUUAUAAAUGAUGACUUAAUGCUUCAUAUCUUGGCUUCUUUUCUUUCCUGAUUACAGAAAGGUUUUUUGGUAACAAAGGGCUGAUACCAGGUGACGAAAGAAAAACUCAGUUUAACUUGAGCAGGGACAGUCAAUGAAGAUUUUAUUCAGUCUGUCAGAUGCAUUGUUUUUGGUCAUACAAUGAAGGACCUGGAUGGAGAGGUCCAUGAUAAUUUCACCAAGAAUCCUACACUUCACGAAACCACCCGUCAUGGUGUUGUGACCCUUUGCUGUGCUCGAAAGGAGUGGUUUGGCUCAGCAACAACUUCCCUUACAAACACCAAUCACCUUCAGUCAAAUACUCGUUCAUUGCACAAUCAGAAACCCAGCAUGUAAUGAAUAUCACAAUGAUAGAGAUAGGAAAGAGUGAUUUAUACUCUGUUAGCAUGUUAUCAGUUUAUUGUGUCCCUGGCGGUUGUCAUAGUGUUGUUUGACUCUCCAGGAUCAACAGGGCCAGACACACAUUCAGUGCUCCAACCCACUAUUGUUUGCAUUUGUUUGCUGUAAAUACAAUACAUUUGAUUCCUAUGCAGGUGAUUUUCCAGUGACACAGAGAAACUCUGCAGUAAGUGGUAGUACUGCUGUAACUCUGAUCUUCCUAGCACUCUGGCACGAAGCUACCCAUAGGCAUACAUGGCACCUCCAAAUGGUAAAUUUUGUUACCUGAAAAGUUAACUGCAUUGCUUUCAUGGCAGGAAGACACACGGGCAUUUGUAUUUACUUUCCUGGACAUUUCUCUAGGGCAGCUGCUCUGCUUCCUCAGUUAUUCUCAUUCUACUUUAGAGAUUAAGAGGCAAAUACCUUUUUUUUUCAAAGGAGGCAGAGACAGGCUGUAGUUUCAGCCAGGAAAUCUGCAAAGGGACAGAUGAAUACUCCUCUUUCUUUACUACUGUUCCAGCCUCUGAACUGCACAAACUUAUUUCCUACCUUCUCAUGAAAAAAACCCCAACAGCAGCAUAACAUGGUAUCACAGCAUACUCCAAACACCCAUGUAUGCAAACACAUUGUCACAGCCAACACUGCUGGUGCUGUAGUCUCUGACAGCUGGCCAACAGCUGGGUGAAAAGCAACUACUCUCAUAGUGAUGCUCACAUACUCUAACUUCAGAACAACUGAGAGUUCUACAGAGAGGUGCUGUGGACUUAAGAGACACCAGAUCCAAGAGCUAACACUGCCCAGAAUGCUUGCACCUGGUUGAGGUGUGUUUAGCUGGUGUACUCAGAAUCUGGGGGCAGGGCAGGGGGGCAGGUUUAGGCAAGAUAAAGCAUCCUGUGGUCUGUGCUGCGUGGGUAAACAAGUGUGCUGGCCAUAAACUGCAGCUUCACCAAUCCUUACACUGUUGCUUCAAUAUAUGCUAUGCUGGUCUCCAGGUCCAACAAAUUCUUCAUCCUGGUCUUCACUGCAGGUCCUUGUUUUGGGCAGGACUACUUUCCUUCCUUGGGAUCUACUAAAUCAAGGAAAAACAAGGCUUUAUAUGAGCAAUAGCUUUAUGCAAAAGUGGCACCAUUUUCCUCUUAGCUGCCCCUGCAGCUAAGAGGAAAGUGUUCUCCCCGUGAAGUAAUCAAGAAUGAAUUUAGGUCUCAUUGAGCCAAAGCACAGCCAUUCAUUUCUCCGGGCUGCCUUUGAUAAGACAAAAGCUGAGAAGAUAGAACUGACUGACCUAGAUGUACACCUGUUACUUAUUGUAUCAAAAAAUACGUGAAAUGAUGCUUUGAAUAUAUGAAAAAGCAACAUAUAUUUUUCAUAUAAUAGAAAUUAUAAUAUGCUGUGCAGUGCAGUUUUAAAUGUUAGAAACCUCUUCUAAUUGUCAAACCAGCUUUUGUGCUUUUUCUCAUUCAUAAGUGUCUCCUAGAGCACAGAUUCAGUGUCCUGAACUGGCACUAGAUGGACUGAGAGCAAAGAUUAAGUGCAGCUCUACACAAUAAAAGCAUUUGAUAAUUGGAACAAUUAGCUAAGACCAGGAGGCCUUUCCAUCAUUUGAAGCCUUCAGAAGUCAAGAAUGGCUGCUGUGUGCUGUAGAGGGUCAGACUAGAUGAUGGGAACAGCCUCUCUAGUCUUCAACAGCUCUGUUAGCACACACAGAUACAAGGUGUGAACUUUGGUGCCAUUUAUUUUGGAGUGAUGACACUGAUAAGCUUAGACUAGAAGAAGAAGAAGAAAGGCACCUGGUAGUUCAAGCAGAGUGGCUGAGGGCAACAGUUCCUGACCUACAGCUGCCUAUUACGUGUUAUGCAUUAAUUUUAUCUGGUCUACAAAAAUCAGUGUGAGUUCUGCCACAGGUUUUGAUUGCUGUGUCUCUACCUAUUACACAUCUCUGAAGUGCUUUGAGACCUGUGGAUUAACAUUGCUCUGAAAGUAUCAAGAGUGCUUAGGAAAGAGCACAGGUCACUUUUCCUGGCUGAGUCUAAUUCCCACAGUAGCUUAUGUGUGACCAUGUUACUGAGGUUUUUGUGCUGUUCUCCAAACUGAAUGUACUUCUAAUGCAUAAAUGUUCUGCUUUCAUGCUGGUAUUAUAAAUAGCACUUGCAAUAAACAUCAGAAGUCUCA